AUCAUUGAGUCAUUCAGUCAAUUUCUUCCUGUACCAGAAUCACAUUCUUUUGGCCACUUGCUCUGCCGAAUUCUUUGGCUUCGAAUUCAGUGAGAGAACAGAGAGCAUAGGGACGUACCAGUUCACAUUGAUAUAGCAAAGAAAUUCCAGUGUACUUUGCAUUUCUACUUUUCUUCUUGACAAUGAGUAGAUUCUCUGCUAGACAGCCAUUCAUUGGGUUAACUUCUACAACUUUGAUUCUCUUGGUCCUGCUCCGAAGUUGCUUUGCCAAGAGCGUUCCUGCAAAUUUCGUUUUCGGAGAUUCCUUGGUUGAAGCUGGAAACAACAACUACAUCCCGUCACUUUCGAAGGCUAACUUCAUCCCCAAUGGGAUCGACUUCGGCGGCCCGACGGGACGGUUCACAAACGGAAGAACAAUCAUCGACAUCAUAGGCGAAGAGUUGGGUUUCGAGGAUUAUACUCCUCCAUACCUGGCUCCGACGACGGUUUGGCCCGUCGUCUUGCAGGGGGUCAACUAUGCUUCCGGUGGAGGCGGAAUCCUUAACUCCACUGGACAGAUUUUCGGCGAUCGAAUAAACUUGGAUGCGCAGUUAGAUAAUUUCGAGAAUACAAGGCAAGACAUAAUCUCGGGCAUCGGCAUUUCUGCAGCCACGGAGCUGUUCAAGACAGCCCUCUUCUCGAUCACCAUCGGAUCGAAUGAUUUCAUCAAUAACUACUUGACGCCAGUGAUCUCCGCAGCUGAGCAGAGAUUGAUAUCUCCAGAAGUUUUCGUGAACACAAUGAUUUCCAGAUAUAGGCAGCAACUUCUGAGACUUUAUGAUCUGGGCGCGAGGAGAAUCGUCGUAGCAAAUGUAGGGCCGAUAGGUUGCAUACCGUUCGAGAGGGACACCAAUGGCGCUGACACAGAUUGUUGCAUUGACUUCCCGAAUCAGAUGGCUCAGUUAUUUAAUAACCAAUUGAGAAGCCUUGUUGUAGACCUCGGCUCAAGUUUGGAAGGAUCGAAAUUCGUUUAUGCCGACGUGUAUCGCAUCGUACAAGACAUUAUCGACAAUUAUAUAUCAUACGGUUUCGAAAACCCAAAUUCGGCAUGCUGCUACACUGCAGGUCAGUUCGGGGGUCUGAUACCUUGCGGUCCGCUUUCUAGUGUUUGUCAGGACAGGUCCAAGUAUGUCUUCUGGGAUCCAUACCAUCCUUCGGAUGCUACAAACGUCAUAAUCGCGAAGCGUCUUAUGGAUGGUGGAGUUCAAGAUAUCACGACGAUGAAUAUUCGGCGACUCGUCGAAUCCGGAUCAAAUAAGUAGCGCAAAGUAAGACAUAUAUGGAUGGAUAUAGCUAGUGAUUGAUUCGGGUUUCACCUAAUUGGGUUGGAGAAAGAGUAUGGACUGUGCUUACAUAGAGGAAACGGUAAAUCGUGCACAGGUAUUCAACAGUAUUCAUUUCACAUGAUAUAUGUAACUUGAUACCUGGGGAAAAAGAUGUUCGUCUCAUGCAUGGAAGCUCAAAACAGCGUGUUUCAUCAGAUUGUGUUCAUUGCUUCAUGGAACCAAGAAAUUGCUGUUAUAAGUGCCCAUUUUGAUUGAUACUUGUUGAUCAAGACAAUCCGUGAGAGGAGAUGUUUAAGAAGUAACUCGAGUAAACAUCGAGAGUGGCCACAUACCUUUCGCACUCGGAUACAACUCUCUGUUGAGUAGUUUUGGAAGACCAGAAUUAUAUACUUUGAACUCCCUUUAGAUGUCCUGGUCGUCCUUCAACCACGGCUCUUACGAAGUAACCCAAAUUUCGAAUAAA